UCUUCUUCCUCCUCCAGCUCUUUGCAUGGGCAAUAUCUUCCUGAUUCCUCGUCGUAUUGUGCGACCCCUCCCCCGAAUGUCGUCUCUCCUUAUGAAUCCCUCCCGUAUAUGAUUGACACUUAAAAGAACGGAAACUGUGUUCACAACGUGGGGGUUGAGCAACCUGUAGUUUUUGUUUAUUGUCGAGUCAUUUUACGGCAUUUGUUUUUCUGCAAGAAGGAACGUUUUUCAUCUCCUCGGGGGAUUCACCCCCACCUCUCUUUUUUUCUCUGAAUCUGUGAAGCGUCCUCCUCCUGAGGUAGUGGAGUUGUAGCCUACCGUUGUAGCAAGUGUCGCCUCUGUCCAACACUCGGCAGCAUGCUAGAUCCGUCUUCCAGCGAGGAGGAAGGGGAUGAGAUCCCGGAGGUAGAGCGCAAAGAGGCGGCUCCCCCAAAGAGCACCAAAGGAGCACGGCCGCCACCGAGCCGAGACACCGACGGUCACGGUGGUUCGGGGGGGCUUCAGCCACGGGGCCGAGCGAGCAGUGGCGGCCGAGCCUCGAGCCCCAGCCCAUCGGUGGGAAGCGACAAGGAGAAGGAGGAUAUUGAGAAGAUGCAGAGAGACGAAGAGGAGAGAAAAAAGAGACUCCAGCUGUAUGUGUUUGUGAUGCGUUGUAUCGCAUAUCCGUUUAACGCAAAGCAACCCACUGACAUGGCCAGAAGGCAACAGAAGAUCAGUAAGCAACAGCUGCAGACAGUAAAAGAGCGUUUUCAAGCCUUUCUCAAUGGAGAAACACAAAUUGUAGCAGAUGAGGCCUUCAUCAAUGCAGUUCAGAGUUACUAUGAGGUCUUCCUGAAAAGUGACCGAGUUUCUCGAAUGGUCCAGAGUGGGGGCUGCUCAGCCAGUGACUCUCGAGAAGUUUUUAAAAAGCAUAUUGAGAAGCGUGUGCGAAGCUUACCAGAAAUUGAUGGCUUGAGUAAAGAAACUGUGCUCAGUUCAUGGAUAGCCAAGUUUGACACCAUCUACCGUGGUGAAGAGGACCCUAGGAAGCAUCAACAGAGAAUGACUGCCAGUGCUGCCUCUGAACUGAUACUCAGCAAAGACCAGUUAUAUGAGAUGUUUCAACAAAUUUUAGGUAUCAAGAAGUUUGAGCACCAGCUCCUAUAUAAUGCCUGCCAGCUGGACAACCCAGAUGAACAGGCAGCCCAGAUCAGAAGAGAGUUGGAUGGACGAUUGCAAAUGGCAGACCAGAUCACCCGUCUCGGCGGAAGGUUCCCUCGGUUUUCCUCGAGGGAGAUGGAGGCUAUGUUCAUUGAAGAGCUACGGUCAUCAGUCAACCUGCUGAUGGCCAACCUGGAGAGCAUGCCAGUCUCGAAAGGUGGAGAAUUUAAAUUGCAGAAACUAAAGCGAGGUCACAACGCAUCUAUCAUGGACAUGGGGCAGGAGGAUGAGAAUACUCUUUCCAAAUCAGAUGUGGUGCUUUCGUUUACCUUGGAGGUGGUUAUCAUGGAAGUGCAGGGUCUUAAGUCGUUGGCUCCUAACAGAAUCGUGUACUGCACUAUGGAGGUAGAGGGUGGGCACAAACUGCAGACAGACCAGGCUGAGGCAUCUAAACCCACCUGGGGUACCCAAGGAGAUUUCACAACAACACAGCCCUUACCUGCUGUCAAAGUGAAGCUUUUUACUGAAAGCACCGGAGUGUUGGCCCUGGAAGACAAAGAGCUUGGAAGGGUUGUGCUCCAUCCAACUCCUAACAGUCCUAAGCAGUCUGAGCUGCAUAAAAUGUUAGUUUCCAAAGGCUGUCCAGACAAUGACCUUAAGAUCAGGUUGGCCAUUCGCAUGGAUAAACCCCAGAACAUGAAGCAUUGUGGGUACUUAUGGGCUAUUGGCAAAAAUGUAUGGAAAAGAUGGAAGAAACGAUUCUUUGUUCUAGUUCAGGUGAGUCAGUACACAUUUGCGAUGUGCAGCUACAGAGAAAAGAAAGCGGAACCGGUGGAACUACUUCAAUUGGAUGGCUAUACAGUGGACUACACCGACCCCCAGCCAGGUCUGGAUGGUGGUCGGACGUUCUUUAAUGCUGUGAAAGAAGGCGACACUGUCAUUUUUGCAAGUGAUGAUGAGCAGGACCGGAUUCUAUGGGUGCAGGCCAUGUAUCGCGCCACAGGCCAAUCCCACAAACCAAUCCCCCCCACGCAAGUACAGAAACUAAACUCUCGAGGGGGCACAGCGCCGCAGCUUGACGCACCAAUAUCGCAGUUCUAUGCUGAUCGAGCCCAGAAGCAUGGCAUGGAUGAGUUCAUUUCAGCCAAUCCUUGUAACUUUGAUCAUGCCUCCCUCUUUGAAUUGGUCCAGCGCCUCACUUUGGAUCACCGACUCAAUGACUCUUACUCCUGUCUGGGCUGGUUUAGCCCUGGUCAAGUAUUUGUCUUAGAUGAAUACUGCGCUCGCUACGGGGUUCGAGGCUGUCAUCGCCACUUGUGUUACCUGGGUGACCUACUGGAGAGGGCGGAGAAUGGAGCCAUGAUUGACCCAACCCUGUUACACUACAGCUAUGCUUUCUGUGCUUCCCAUGUCCAUGGAAAUAGUCAGCGUGUGUCAGAGUUGUUAAACUGGCCAGUAUCAGAGGCAGAACUACAGCAAGUGCUUUUCCCCUCUUCCCCUGAGCCUUCUCCCCAAAGCAUUAGGAAAGAACUCAAAAUAAUAGAGUUCAUGAAGAAAAGGGAUCUCAGGUCCCCCUUUUUCUCAGGACCAAAAAGACCGGAUGGAAUUGGUACUGUAACUGUGGAGGAAAAAGAGCGUUUUGAGGAGAUCAAAGAAAGGCUUCGAGUGCUAUUGGAAAACCAGAUUACUCAUUUCAGGUACUGCUUUCCAUUUGGACGACCAGAGGGUGCACUGAAAGCGACUCUAUCUUUGCUUGAAAGGGUUUUGAUGAAAGAUGUUGUCACCCAAGUUCCACAAGAGGAGGUAAAAUCUGUAAUUCGUAAGUGUCUGGAGCAAGCAGCUCUGGUCAAUUACCAGCGCCUGUCCGAGUAUGCUAAACUGGAAGGGAAAAAGAGAGAGAUGUAUGAGCAUCCAGUCUUCUGCUUGGCGUCUCAAGUGAUGGAUUUAACCAUUCAGAAUGUUGGCCGAUUAGUUACUCCUGCAAAAAAACUGGAGGACACCAUUCGCUUGGCGGAGCUUGUCAUUGAGGUACUACAGCAGAAUGAGGAGCAUCAUGCUGAGGCAUUUGCAUGGUGGUCAGACCUGAUGGUGGAGCACGCUGAGACCUUCCUGUGUCUCUACUCAACUGACAUGGAUGCAGCUCUUGAGGUGCAGCCCCCUGACAGCUGGGACAGUUUUCCGCUCUUUCAACUACUCAAUGACUUCCUGAGGAUGGACUAUAACCUUUGCAAUGGGAAGUUUCACAAACACCUGCAAGACCUGUAUGCCCCCCUGGUGGUGCGUUACGUGGACCUAAUGGAGUCCUCUAUUGCUCAAUCCAUUCAUAGAGGCUUUGAAAGGGAAUCUUGGGAACCUGUCAAGAGUAUAGCUAGUACUCUGCCAAAUGUCAGUCUUCAAAUGCCCAAAGUACCAAAUAUAACAGUGCCAAGUGUUAAAGUAGCACAAAUGCCCAGCUUUUCUCCGCCCAACUGGAUGACUUCAAAUGAUGAUUCAGACAAUGGCUCUGGGACAUCAGAAGAUCUCUUUUGGAAAUUGGAUGCUCUGCAAACUUUCAUCCGAGAUCUCCACUGGCCAGAAGAAGAGUUUGGCAAACAUCUAGAAACCAGACUGAAACUGAUGUCAAGUGAUAUGAUUGAAUCAUGUAUAAAAAGAACACGUGCAGCAUUUGAGGCCAAGCUUCAGCGGAGCAGCCGGGCAACAGACUUCCGAGUGCCGCAGUCUAUCUGUACCAUGUUUAACGUCAUGGUGGAUGCUAAGGUCCAAUCUGCCAAGCUGUGUGCAAUGGACCUGGAUCAAGAGUUUGUUAGAGACUGGAGACAAUACCAUUCCCAAAUUGACAACCUUAUUGAGGAAACAGUGAAGGAGAUGAUAACCCUGCUAGUAGCAAAGUUUGUGGUUAUUCUGGAGAGUGUCUUAGCAAAACUCUCCAGAUAUGAUGAAGGAACGCUCUUUUCUUCUUUUCUCUCUUUCACAGUGAAAGCUGCCUCAAAAUAUGUGGAUGUACCUAAGCCGGGAAUGGAUGUGGCAGACGGUUAUGUGACUUUUGUUCGACACUCCCAAGACAUGCUGCGGGAGAAAGUUAAUGAGGAAGUGUACGUCGAAAGAUUGUUUGACCAAUGGUACACCAGCACCAUGAACCUGGUCGGGACUUGGCUUACUGACCGCAUGGACCUGCAACUCCAUGUCUAUCAGUUGAAGAUUCUAAUCAGAAUUGUCAAGAAAAAGUACCGUGACUUCCGUCUUCAAGGGGUUCUUGACUCCACAUUAAACAGUAAGAUGUAUGAGACUGUCCGAAAUCGUCUGACCUUAGAAGAAGCCACUGCCUCGGUGAGGGAGGGAGGGAUGCAAGGCAUUUCCAUGAAGGACAGUGAUGAAGAGGGCAGUGAUAACUAAAAUCAAGACGACAACAAGAAUGUCACAGCGGUUCAGCAAUAUGCUGCCUAAGAACACACACAGCCUUCCUGAGGUCAAAACACAUUGGCCCAACAAUUGACAUCACUUGCUUUGUGGGCUUUUUGUUCUCUGUUCCUGUAAGAUUGUGUUUACAAUACGUCAGAAUUAAUACUAAUGAAAUGCAAUUCAAUAUGUACUUAUAGAAGUCCUUGUGCAGGCUUAACAUUAAAUUCGCCACUACAACAAAAUAUUGAUAACCAGUCAUUUGAAAUAAUAGUAGUACCUCAUGAAUGGACACCACAAGGCAACUCAAUACAAGCUGACUGGGAAAUACUAUGUUAUGUUCAGGAGUAUUGAAGUGUUGUGUCAGUUUCUAAUGUCAAAUCUAUUAUGAAAUUGUCAUUGAUUAAUGUUGUUAUUGUGUCACUGAAAAUGGCACUAGUUUAAAAAAAAAAAAACAUUGGUACUGGCAAAUGUUUAACAUCAUGACUACAGGAAAUUUGAGAUAUUAUAUGUUUAAUCGUAUUUCUAGUUUUGUGUACUUUAAACUUCCAGAUGUUCUCAUGCAAUAUGUUCUAACAUUUUCCUUUCUUUCUCAUUGUGUCACUGUCUUUCUCUCACUGAGCAGCAAAGGCAUCUAUUGCAUGUUGUGUUCUUUUAGAGGGGAUGUGAGAAUUAUGUCAGUUUUUGUUGUAUCAAAUCCACAUCAUUCAUCAAUUUAAACAAUAUUCUACUUUCUGACAAAUUUUAUGCUGUUGGACAUUUUAUCAAAACACACUGAAACAUCUUUGCUGACACAAGUCUUGUUCACUUCCUGUAUGUAUUCUCGCAAGCUUCCUCUUUAAUCUCCAAACAGCCUUUUACUGAGGUUCAAACUUAGGCUGCAACAAUUAUACUGUAUAUUAGACUGUUCUCUAUUCCAACUCUCAUGGCCAGCCUCCUAAGAGCAGAAUUAACCAUGAAGCAUGCUGCACAAAAAACAGGAAUCAAAGACCGACUCUUUCAUUCCGGUUACUACCUACAUGACAGAAUUUCUAGACGGGGAUGAGAAAUUGUUGGGGAAAGGCAACUGAUUAAAUAACAUCAAUUGAUUAUGGGGGAAAAAAAGAAAUCAUGAAAUUACUAAUUGUUUUGAUACAUAGAACAGUACUCCCAUAGCGGAAAUCUGCGUGAGUGUAGCACCUGAUACCACACCUGGUGUAAUUUUAGUUUUUCGUUGUUUUUUUUUUUUUUCUUCUCUCUAUUACAAUUUAGUUGAGACGGCAACCUGCGAUAGAGUAAAUCACAACAUUUUGCCUUAUAUGCACAGAUAGAUGAUAAAUCGAUCAAUAAUUAAAAGGAUUUCGGUAUUGCCAUCCCUUAAUCAGCGAACUCAUUAUAACCCCCAAAUACCAUAUAGUCCGUGUCCACUCAGGUAGCUCCG